AUGUCUCGUGUGUCGAACAAGAUUAGCGGCGGCAUGGCUUGCCAGACGGUGGUCGACCACGGCUACUACCUGAAGCCCAUGACCGGCAAUCCGUACCUGUGCACCAAGCACGACGGCGUCACGACGGCCUACCAGCAAGGCUUCGCCCCCAAGGAUGCCCACUGGCUGUACCGCUUCCGCUACAACCUGCUGCCGCAGGGUAUGUCGGGCGGCUUCUUCUCCCGCAACCCGUACGGUCGCUACGUGCACUGGCUGGAGGUGAGCACGAUUGAGAAGAUGCGCCUGCAGAUGCUGACCAUGGAAUCCGUGCCGUGCUCGGUUGUGUCUGUCAUUCUGUUGGUCUUCACCCUGUGGCACUCCUACCGACUUGCCUUCCUGCACCCAGAUAUCACCCUCUACAACUUGGGUCUGUGGCCCACCAAGCCGUGGGUGCAGCAGCAGCGCUUCAACAAGAAGAAGGAAUUUGAUCAAGAUGUGUACCGCUGGGUGUACCGCGUGCCGGAGGCCAUGAUAGACGACCCGAUCCGCGACAUGUACAAAAUGGGCAUCGCCGCCAACGACCCAGUCCUCGCCAUGGCCAAGGAGCAGGGAGUGGCAAACCAGCUGACCAUGACCCAGGCCGAGUACACGCCGGUGGCGCCGGACAUUCGCCGCGUCAUUGCCACCGCCCGCAAGGACGUCGAGUGCAGCUCGCAGUCAAGCUCAGCGACGAGCGCCAUGAUAGGCGUGUAG